GUUGGAGCGGAGUGUCGGAGAGUAGCUUCGGACAGCAAAAGACAGUGACAGAAGCUUCUGUCAUGACGGAAUAGAACGGUUCUCGAGCGGUUGUUGGAAUGAAAGAAGUUGUAUUCUACUACGAUGUUGUUUGUCCAUUCGCCUUUAUCGCACGUAAGCUGAUAGAGGGUGUUGCUCGUCGAACUGGAGCAAAAAUUAGGUGGAAACCUGUUCUUCUAGGUAAAGUAUGUAACACUGAUCGCAUGAAUGUUGACGAGGCAAAUUUGAUUUGUUUAUUUGAUUGGCGUAAUAGCCGAUACAAGUAAUUUAUUAAAAAACGUGUAUGUUAUCCCCAAACUUUAACAAAGAAUUGGAAAACAAAACAAAACAACAAAAAAGAAGACCCCUGUGUCAGUCAAAACUCUGAUUUGCACAGGAGGCCCAGGUUUAGUAAUACUGAAUUUGAUUUUUGACAACCUUGUUUGCAUACCAUUCUCAAUACGAGCUGAUGACUUAAUUUUUUUGUAGGUUUCAUUUUUACCUUUUAUUGAAGCAGGGCUUCUUGGGAGUCUUCUCCUCAUGUUCCUCUGCGAUAAUCUCAACCAAGAAAUAACGUACUUCACAAGAACAACAAGAAGUUAAAGGGACAGUGUCCCAAUUAUGCGCGUGCGUGAGCGUCAUCUGUUUUUUCUUCAAAAGACAAUAGAACUAUCAUAUUGACUAGAGAAGAUUUCCUUCCGGACCACACCGCCAAUGGUGAUUUGUUGUUUACAUUCUCAAGUAAUAUAUUAGACUUUCGAAGAAGUCUUUAGUUUUAUUUAAAAUUUGGCUCAUGGCACGAAGACUCAUUGCGAUUUUAUCGCUAGCAGGGCCGCCUCGCGACCCGAAAAUCUUGUUCCGCUCGCUUUAAGAACAGCUUUUCUAAUGUUAAAGUCGUGUCAGAGGUCAACUGUUCUCCGUCCAAUAAUAUUUACCUGAUUUGCUCGCAUUCUAGCCUCAAACGUUUGAAAGACAUAAAUAAAAAUGCAAUCUCAAUGCUAUGAAUCAUCACAAAGGUUAGUCAUGAUUUCAUGGCGCUAGUUUUUAUAAACAUGAAGCACCUCUUUGUUUGAUUUUGUCUGCCAUAGGGAGGUUCAUUUAAAAGUUUACGGACACCUCGUUACAAAAGAUUCUGUUCUACGAAGCUUAAUUGCACAAGAUCUCCUCAGCCACAUCAAUGUCUCAAUGGUUUCUUUCUUACAGCCUUUAUUGCUGUUUCAUUUCUUCUUAUUCCUUUCACAAUUAUCUGUAGUGGGCUUGUAUGGAAGCUAGCAGAAGAAAUAAGCCUUCAAUCGGCAUAAAGUGCUUCCCAUCUUUUGGUCCUCCCGCGGCCAGCAGCAAUAAAAGUAACGCCAAAAAAUCCCGAUUUUGCCCAAAUCAAAGCUUUCGGGAACAAUAUAUCAUUGAUCUGUAAUCCUGAGAAGUUUUAGUGUAGUAUUGAACUCGCGAGGCCAAGCGCGAUGCAAACAGAUUUUUCAAGGUUUUCUUACUCUCCUAGCAUCUUUUGAUUUCACAACAUCCUGUCCAAAAAUCAAAGUUUGGUGCAUGCGCAGUAACGGGAUACUGUUCCUUUAAUUUUGACAGUUUCCCUGCCUCCUUUCCCAGUACAAGACCACUUCAAACAACUGCUCACCCCUGGGCCCUAAGGGCCCGACUUUUCCUGGGGGUUGCCUUGGAAGGGCAAAGGGGGUGGUAGCCAGUAAAAUUCAACCGUGCAUUAUUGUUUGGAAAAAUCAUCCAUAGCCCCUGAAAUUUCUAAUGUUAUUGAUUUGUAAAUCUGAAAACAAUAAGUAUUCUAAGCAAAAAAAAGCCUGGACAGUUUGUUGCACAACGAGUGUUCUGACCAGGUGGAUGAAUAAUAGUCCUAUUGUCAGUGUAAUUUCCUUGUGCAGAGCAACAAUACUUUACCUAGCUGUUGAUUGUGGUUUUUGGUGUUAUAUACAUUUCUUUUUCUUAUUUUCUGAUAUUUGAAGGUGGCCUGUACAAAGGGACACAGGCACCCCAGGGUGCUGCAGGAUCUGCAUAUGAUGAUAUGUGUGCCUCUAAAAUCAAGAUAUUAGCUGAUGGUAAGGUCUCAAAAUAUUUGUGAGCAUGCUUGUUACCAUUUUUUGUAAUAAUUAUAUACUGUCAAGGCUGUGCUCUAAGGAAAAUUGAAGGGAGCCCAGUGCUCUGAAACUGUAAAAUCUAGGGUGCCCAGCAUAUGAUUUGUAUGAAAAAUCUGAGAUUUUCUAGUCGCCCGUGGGCAAAAGUUAGGCGCCAGGGGCCACCGGGCUCUGCUAGAGCACAGCCCUGACUGUGUAUACAGUUACAGUUAAUUGGGAACCGAAUGUAAUUUAACACAACUACAUGUAAGGAAAUGAACAGAUACAGUCAAACCUCUAUUAAGUGGUCACCCUUGGAAAUUAGCCAGCUGACCUCUUAAUAGAGGUUUUCUAAAAAUAUUAAGCCCAUAAUGUGGCAGAAAUUGACAUAGAGGGCAAAAUUCAUCAGUCUUUACAGUAUUAUUUAUUGUUCAUGCAACAACAGGAAAUGUGAUAAAAGUAUCUGGAUGUUCUGAGGAGUUCAUACCUAAACAACAAAUUUAUUUUUACAGUAAUGUCGUUUGUAGGGCAAGCAUCUUUUCAAUCAAGCACAUCAGCAAUUUUAAAACCUUAUUCAACAUGGAGAGAGGCAUGUAUUUAAUACUGGGGUUACAAUGUUAUGUUGCGUCUGAUCAAUUGUGAAAGAAACUGGAAUUACUUCAGUUAUCUUCGUGUUAAAAAAUAUGGCAAUUAUUAAUUGUUAUGUAACAAGGUGACAGUUUAACAGAGGUAAAUUAUUACAGUGAAUUAGCCAAUUGGGAAAUCCAAACAGUGACCACGUCCACUUAAUAGAGGUGACCGUUCUAUAGAGGCCAUAGAGGGUGACCACUUAAUAGAGGUUUGACUGUAUGUGGUUCAGCCAGGGAUUGAAGUGGGGUCUCUAAAUAGGUCCAGCUAUUCUGGACAAAAGUGCUUGGGACAGUGUGGCAGUAUUUUCUUUAAUUUCUUGGUGCCCUCAAAAAACAGUGCAACUCAGUUUUCCAAAAAUGUCUGGCAGGUCUCCCUCCACCCUGCCUUAAAUCCAACCUUAUUUGUGGGAUGGGGGAAGGGGUUGGGCAUGUGUGAUUUCAAGGAAGCCCAACAAAUGCAAAUUUGUCCCAAGAUUUUGUCCAAUUGAUUGUAGUUUGGAUGCUGGUAAGACCACUCAACCACUGAACUAACUGCGCCUGGAACAUUAUUGCGGUUCAUGGACUUUUAAGUAGCCAGGUCUGGGGGUAUCAACACAUAUUUCUGUACUGACGAUCACUUCUCUAUCCCCCGGCCAAUGGUUGAUGCAAAGCCCUAUCCCACUAAGGAAUUUAAGAAUGGGGAAAGAAAUGUGGACAACUGAUUACCACAUAUUGUCUUGAGGAUAACAAACCUACGGUAUUUCCUUGAAUAAUAGCCGUCCCUCAAUUAAUCUCCCUCAAAUAAUCGCCCACUCUUCGCCCCUCUCGCCAUCUUCUCUUUCUCUUAUACCCUCCCUGUCAACUUGAAGUGGAGUCAGAUCCAGCAGAAUGAUCAGUGACGAUUCAAGCUCUGACGCCCAGGAUAUUGAGGCCGGAAAUUCAUCAAGGAACCAAAUUUGGAAAAAAUAUUUAGGACACAACCUCCACUGAGCAAUUAUUUGAAAUAAUCGCCUUCCUCAAAUAAUCACCCCCUUUUUGUGAGAAAAAAGUAAUAAUCGCCCCUGCCUAUUAUUUGAGGAAAUACAGUAUUCCUGUUUAAAUGGCUAAAGACGUUAUUCACAAUACCCACCAUCUUUGCAUGGGCUUUAAGACUGAAGGCAUAAAAGCCAUAUCACAUGGUUUCUCAGAGGGCAAACAAGUAAAAACUUCUGCCGAUACAGGAGAUUAGGGUUGUGUUUGUUUAUCCUAGACUUUAGAAAAUGAAGAACUUUUUAUGUUUAAUAUAUAUUUUUGGUGUAGCCAUAAGGAGUGAAAAACACAAAUAAAAAAGGGGGGGGGUCACCGUUCUCGUUUCAUCACAAAACGACUGCAAAAAGAUGAUUUUGGCUUUAAAUGAUCAUUUUGCACGGGGGAACUGGGGCUAGUUUCAAGACAAACACCUUUUUAGCUGAGUAUAAUUAUCAAAAUUGCCAUCAAAAGCAUUAGGAGUACAAAGGGAGCCAAAAUUACCUCUUUUUAGGCGACCGGUGAAAAUCACUGCCACCUUUGAAGUCGCAAUGUUAUGGGCACUAGGUGAUCCGCAGUGCAAAAUAAGGGAACAGUAAAAAUCUGGUUUGCCCUUAUUUGUGAAAUUAAAGGAUUAGAGAAGGCCUCCAAAGUCAUUUUCUACAAUGGAACUUAAAGAUCAGUGUUCAUAGACGAGAGACCAGUUUGUACUCUGCGGCACUUAACUUGAUUUGUGUUGUUUCACUUCAUGUCACCGCACUCUCAGCACCUUCAACAGGCUAAGGAGCUUGCGUGAACUAUUUCUACCGCUGGCCAAACGCGCUGUUAUGAUGCUCUCUCUGCUGAGUUCCCUGUGCAGUUUUUCAACACAAGUACCGCUUCUCCCUCGGAUAUUUCUUGUCCCUGUUCCGGUCGGAAGUAGGGAAAGAUGUUGAGCUUCCAACGGAGAAGCUAGAAUACGAAUGCGGAGACAGCGUUUAUAUAUCGGGGCUGUCAAAUUGAAAAUGGCUUAGGAUGCAGUUUUGUUUAACACCGGGUAAAAUUUGUUUUAUUAACAACACGUUAAUUUUCAAGGUUAUUCAGGAUAGACUGAAGGGCCACUUUUAAUCACCCACUAAACGAACCAACUCGCUUGCAGCACUGCUGAGAUAAACAAGUUACCAAAUGUACAAAACUAAGAAUUGAACCUAGUUAAUUCGCCUUUUAGAGGCCCACAAUGUACAGUGCCAACAGAUAUCUGUGGGACACGGACAGGAAGAGGUCAUUGAUGUUGCCUUGGCAACGGCUGUGUGGACUGACACUUGGCUGGUAAUAGAAAACCUUCACUGAAUUGGCUUCUCGUCUAUGGCUGGAGCAACUCUACAAUCGGUUAUCGAGGCUUCAAUUACAAGCUG